AUGUUUACCAACCUAUUUCCAUGUCCGAAAAUCGAUGUGCUUCACUGGAAUGCGUGUCACGUUUACGUUAAAUGUCCGUACUGCGAGGAGAUACAUCAGCACGGCGUCGGGCUUCCGGGCAGACGUGCUUCGCACUGUUACCCAGGUGGCCAAUACAAGUUUAAAUUUCCCAUCGAUGAAAGCAACAAACUUGUCGGCUAUGAGAUUGAUAAGGAAAGGGCCUGUUUUGUGAAUAUUUGCUUGCAAGCAGGUCAAGAGGAUGAGGAUUUACAUUCUUCAGAAAAAGAUGAGUGCGAACUGGCCGAUCUUUUUCGCUCCACUAUGAAAAUAUCAGCCACAGAACCAAUGUCAGGGCUGGUUUUGAAUCUUCGUACUGAUUCAAGAGAGUUGGAAACUAUCCCUCUUACAGGCGGCGAUACCUUUAAGCAAAAGAGAAUUCUAUUCGCUAUCUCAGAAUGCAUACUUGGCAACUUGCAUACAAUAAGCCGAUAUCUCAGCACUUCGGCCGAAACGAAACUCUUUCUGCACGGGAAAAGCGAGGCUGGAGAGACUACUCUGAUCAUGGCUGCGGCAGAAAAGAGCCAUGAGAUGGUGUCACUCCUUUUACAACACGGUGCAGAUGCGAACACUAUCAACAAUAACGGACGAAGUGCGCUCAUGGAGGCGGCGCUCUGGGGCCGAAUUGAAAGCGUAAAAGCGCUGCUCAACGCCAAUGCCGACAAACGCCUUCAAGACCAUAAGGGUCGUUGUGCGAUGGAUUUAGCGCAACCGACUCGCAAAAAUGAAAAAGAGAGAUACCGGCGUUCUUCGCGUGCGGCUGCAGAAAGCGUACCAGAGCGUGAUGGAGACAGGCGACAUAUUGUCGUCUUACUCGGUGACUUGAACGCCGAGAAGCAGCAUGGAUACACUGAACCACCUUCGGAGAGUGAACGCAAUAAGUGUAGCUUCAGGAAAUCCCACUCUGAGAUGGUCAUAACGCUGUGUGGACCCAUUCGCAGCCAUCGUGUGCCACGUAUCACCAAAACUGCCGCCGUUCUCGGUAGGGGAGAUCAAUUCGCUCGUAUAUCGGCAACCAGUAGUUGGGGUACCGAUGCUCUGCCUCUGAACUAUAAGACUGGGCCACACUGGAUCGAGCGAGUCUACCGUAUCGCAUCCACAAUUGGCCAUAAUUUCCAAGAUGCGCCAGAUCCAGGUUGGGAUCAGGGCAAACCUGGGAAGUAUUUUGCUUCCCAUGCGGAGAAGAAGCUGAUCGCCUACUUCAUAGACAGGCACGUAUUCAUGCCUCAAGACGGAAAGCCUGACCUGAAAUUGGAAGACUCAAUCCUUGAAGUAGAAGACUCUCUUGCAGAGGGAAAGCACUCGUCCGUAGCCUGGGCAAAGGUGUAUGAUCUGGAAGAGAGGAAAGUACAAUUGGACGGCCAACUCUUCGAAGCAGAUGAUCGAUUGCUGGAUGACUCUUACGAUGAGCACGAGGUUAAAAGACUGAAACAUGAGAUCUAUGCGAUCGAUGAAGAACUGUUAAGCCUUGAGUCGGACGCUAACGUGGCUGCGAUGAGAGCUCAAGAGAAGAAGAAACGCUUGUUGUUGAAGAGUGAGAAGAUACAUCAAGACCUGAUGGAGCUGAGUAGAAAUGAGCCUCCUAUCUCAUUGAAACGGGCAGUCAUACUGAGCAGCAACGAGAUCUGCGAAGACUGUGAUAUGUUCAAGAAAAGGGUGAAUGACUGUUUCCAGUUGAAUAUCGAAAUGAGCUGGUGUAUCUAG